ACCAUCUCCAUCGAUACGGUGGCACAGUCACGUCAGAGAAAGAGAGAGCCCUUACCUUCUUGCGAGCUGCGACGGCAUGAAGGCAGCCAUGAGCUGGGGCUCCCUGGGCUCGUUCGUCGCCACCGCCAUGGUGGUGCGCGCGGCGGCUCGCGACGUCCUCCCGCCGGAGGCGCACGGGGCGCUCCGCGCGCUGCUGGCCCGCGCCGCGGCCGCGUUCGCCCAGCCCACCGACACCAUCGUGGUGCACGCGGUGGACGCCAACGGCGUGCCCAACGAGCUCUACGAGGCCGCGCAGCUCUACCUCGGCGCGCGCUGCCUCGCGUCUGCGCCCGCGCUGCACCUCCACAAGGCGCACGGCGCGCAGGAGGCCGUCGCGUCGCUCCCCGACGACCACGCCGCGCGCGACACGUUCCGGGGCGUCCGCGUCGAGUGGACGUCGCGGACCGGGGAGGCGGCGGGCGGUGGCACCGCCUACUCCUGCUCGCCGUUCGGUGGCGGCCGGCGCGGGGGGUUCGGGGGUCCCCCGGGUGGCGGCGCGGGGUGGCAGCGGCGGUGCCUGCGGCUCGAGUUCCCGCGCCGCCACCGCGACUUCGUGCGCGGCGCGUACAUCGACCACGUCCUCGCCGUCGCGGCGGCGCUGCGGCUCAAGAUGCGGGAGCGGAAGCUCUACACCAACAACCCCAGCAUGUACUGCGGCGGCAGCGGGAUGGACGACCACCAGAUGCUGUGGUCGUCGCACCCGUUCAAGCACCCGUCCACGUUCGACACGCUCGCCGUCGACCUGGCGCUCCGCGACGGCAUCCGCGCCGACCUGCUCCGCUUCGUGCGCCGCGGGGAGCACUACGCGCGCGCCGGCCGCGCGUGGAAGCGCGGGUACCUGCUCCACGGCCCGCCGGGCACCGGCAAGACCAGCCUCAUCGCCGCCAUCGCCAACCUCCUCGAGUUCGACAUCUACGACCUCGAGCUCACCGCCGUGGGCUCCAACUCCGAUCUCCGGAGGCUGCUCGCCUCCACGCGCCCCAAGUCGCUCAUCGUCGUCGAGGACAUCGACUGCUCGCUCGGCCUCUUCGACCGGACGAGGACGUCGUCGCCGCCGAGCCAAGACGCCGAGUCCGACGACCCGGGAACGCCGGGUCCCGUCAGCAUGUCACCAUUCCCACCUCAUGGCCGCCGGGAGAAGAUCAGCCUCUCCGGCGUGCUCAACUUCGUGGACGGCCUCUGGUCGUCGUGCGUCGGGGAGCGGCUCAUCGUGUUCACCACCAACCACGUCGGCCGCCUCGACCCGGCGCUGCUCCGGCCCGGCCGCAUGGACCGCAAGAUAGAGCUUGGAUACUGCAAGGGCCACGCGCUGCGCGUGCUCGCCAAGAACUACCUCGGUGACGACGAUCGUGAGCCAGCCGAUGACUGCAGGUACGAGGAGCUGAUCGGAGAGGCGGAGAGGCUGCUCGGGGAGGUGCAUUUGACGCCGGCCGAUGUCGCGGAGGUGUUCAUGGGGUGUGAAGGCGACGGAGCCCACGCCGCGCUGCAGAAGCUCGUCGCGGAUCUGAACACCAAGAGAAUUGCCCAGAAAUGCGCAGUCACUGUGAGCAAUGACGACAUCUAAUGAUUGCUAUCAAGUUGUCUCCUGUCAAGUGUCAAUGUGUCGGCGUCAGGGAUUGGUGGAGCACGUCAAGCUUCGAUAGAAAACGAUAUAAGAAUAGGCUUUUAAUUUGAAGAGUGAAAUCUAUUUUUAUUUGGAGGGUGAAUUAAGGGGGUGUUUGGUUCCUUGAGC